GCGUUGCCACCGUAGCAACGGUAAAACGGAAGUCCAGCUCCAGCCGGAGCCCGGUGUCCGGGCGGAAACAGUGUUCUUCCUGGAGCGGUGACCCGGUACCUUCGCGCCUUGGCAGCUUUGGGCUUUGAUGCCCGGAGCUAAGAGGGAGCACCCUCACCUGGUAAAAGGGAGAAGGAGAAUUUGGCGCGUACCUCUGCCGCCCCGGGAAACCAGAGCCCACUGUCAGCACUGCCGCAACGGCGAAAACGUUCAUUUAUUUUCUUAUACGACUUUUGUCUUGAAAAUGGACUGAUACAUCGUUAUACAACGUAUUACUGUGUAUCCAACUCUGACAGCUCCUUUUUGCUACGUUUGAUGCUCAUCUCUGAAUUCUGGUACGCUGCUGGGCAUAAUAUUCUAGCACAAAACUGUUUUCUUUUUCUAUAGUUGGGCCGAAAAUACGAUUGCUUUUCUUUCAGGUGCUGAUGUUGAAUAGCUUUCUUAGCAUAUUAAAAUGGCUGUACCUAAAGACGCCAUCCCUUCCUUGUCGGAAUGCCAGUGCCAGAUCUGCGUGGAAAUCCUAAUCGAACCCGUAACUCUACCUUGUAACCACACACUCUGUAAUCCAUGCUUCCAGUCGACUGUUGAAAAGGCAAGUUUAUGCUGUCCCUUCUGUCGUCGCCGGGUCUCUUCGUGGACUCGGUACCAUGCCCGAAGAAAUUCUCUUGUCAAUAAGGAACUGUGGGAGAUAAUUCAGAAAUACUACCCAGAAGAAUGCAAACUUAGAGCCUGUGGACAAGAAUCACAGGAAAUUGUUGAUGACUAUCAGCCAGUUCGUCUAUUAAGUAUACCUGGGGAACUGAGAAGAGAAUAUGAAGAGGAGAUAAGGAAGGUGGAGGCAGAGCGACGGGCCAGUGAGGAAGAAGAAAACAAAGCCAGUGAAGAAUAUAUACAGAGAUUAUUGGCAGAAGAGGAAGAAGAGGAGAAAAGACAAGCAGAAAAAAGGCAAAGAGAAAUGGAAGAACAACUGAAAAGUGAUGAAGAAUUGGCAAGAAAACUAAGCAUUAAUAUUAACAAUUUCUGUGAGAGAAGUAUUUCGGCUUCUCCCUUGAAUUCCAAAAAAUGUGAUUCGAUCACAGUCAAGUCACAAAAGAAAAGUAAGAACCAUCAAAGAAACGCUGGAGAUAUUCAGAAGUAUUUGUCACCUAAGUCUCAAUUUGGUUCAGCAUCACAAUCUGAAGUUGUUCAAGAAGACAGGAAAAGCUCCAUGUCUAAGGAAAUUGACAGUAGAGAUUUGACAAGCCCUACAUGGCAAGACACAGAAAUUGAAGAAGAUAUGCCAACACUUUCUCCGCAAAUAUGCCUUGAAAUUGAAGAACAGGGUGCCUGGUCUUCAGCAGAGUCACCUAUGCCUCAGUUAAGUGCCUGUGGUUCAGAAUGGUGCCUUGAAGGAGAAGUCAAAACAAGACCAGACAAUCAUGAUAAAGAGUUAUGUGUCGCAGAUCAUGAGCAACCUACAACCAGAAUUCCUUACUCUAGAGAAGCUGCAGUUAAGCCUGGUGGCAAAACAGAGAGUGAGCUCAGUAUAUCUGAUAUAACAGAGAUAAUUGGAAACAACAUGGUGGAAACAAAAGAUGAAGAGACUAGCCUAUGGAUCAGUAGUAAUGAUAUUUCCAAAAGAAAAGAUCAGGAAUCUGAAGCAGUCAAGGAUCCAUGCUUUUCUGCAAAAAGAAGGAAAAUAUUCCCCAAAGCUUCCUCAGACCAAGAGGAAACAGAAAUCAACUUUACCCAGAAACUGAUAGAGUUGGAACAUCUCCUUUUUGAGAGACAUAAACAAGAAGAGCAGGACAGGUUAUUAGCAUUACAGCUUCAGAAAGAGGUGGAUAAAGAACAAAUGAAGCUAAACCGUCAGAAAGGAUCCCCAGAUGAAUAUCAUUUGCGAGGUACAUCCUUUUCUCCAGACAAAUUACUAAAGGGGCAGAAGAAGAAUUCCAAAGGUAGGAACUUCAAGAGACAAACUGAUACGGAACGUUCAAAAUCUCGGAGAGGCUCAGAUGAAAACUGGCAACCUUCUUUUAAGAUCCAGUUGAAACGUUCAGUUACUGUUAAUAGAAGAAGGAUGCCAAAUUCUGCUAGAGAUCCUUGUAAUGCAUCUAAAAGUGCCCAUUCCCUACAGCCUAGUAAUUCACAGAAAAGUAUUUUUCACAUGUUUCAGAGAUAUAGAAAGUAAUACAUGGGUAAAGGGUGUGUUUUGUGAUCUAGUAAAGCUGGAUUGUGAAGCUCCCUUUUUGAUUAUAGAAUCUCUUUGUGGAUAAGUUUUCUCUGUGGGUGUGUACCCAUUGUCCUUAGUUAAAGGAUUCUGCGAUUACAAGGGAAGAAUAUACUAAUGUGCUUCUGCAAAGCUCAGUGAUUGGCAAGGGUCCCAGUCCUUUCCAUUAUUAAUAACUGUGAUGUACUAAGGUUGACAAUCCUUGUAGGUAUAAAAAUGCCUUUGCCAACUCCGAGAAAUCUUCAAGUGCCGUUCUCUUUCCAAAAAAAAUGCAUGUUGAUGGCUUUUGCUUACCUUUUUGUCAUGACUAGUAAUCAAAUACUAAGUAGUUAAGGAACUCAAGCAGGGUUUAAAAACUAAGUUUUCUUGCUACUUCCCCAUAUAUCUACAGAAGAACUUGAACUGUAUCUUCCAUCACACUGAAGUAAUCUAACUUCCAUCUCCCACUUAAAUUUUAAGCAUUAUAGCAUUUUCUUUGAUUUAGAAUGUAUUAGGAUCAAUGUCAAACCAGAAAAUCAGAAGCUUCUGGAAAUUGGAAAUUAGCUGACAGAAAGGAAACUAGGCCCUUGAUGCAAAGGAGUUGUGGGGUGAGGCUGGGUGGGGUAGGUUGACAGUUUGGGAGCAUUGGAUCUGAAUGGGUAAUCAGAGACUUGGUCCAGGAUGGAGUAGCGGGUGUAAUUUGGCAGAGCAUUCUCCCUUGUCCUUUGUUUGCUGAACGACACAGAAAGGACUUGAGUUUUUACAGCUUUUCACACAAUAGUGUCUGGUGUGAACAUCAAAAUUAGUUACUACUCAAUUACUUGAGUUUUUGAAAAUUCACAUUUCUAUUAAUUUUCUGUUCCAGGAAAGAUGGGAUUUUACUGAGAGUUGUAUCACAAUACAGUGUUGGGAAUCCUAUGACAUAACCGUGUGUUUAUUUCCUUAUAUUAUCAUUUGUAUUGAUACUGACUUUUAUUUGUGUUUAUGGAUAAAAUCGGAAGGUAUAAUACUUGGGUUUUGCCCUAUCUUAUCCCUAAAAGUUAAAUCAGAAGGCAGUGAUUUUAUUUUGAGAAAUCUAAAACACAGACUGUUAAUGCUUUUGUUUCUUUAUUAUGAACAGCUUUUGCAAACAAAUAGCAGUCUUAACAGCAUUUCUGCUGAUGUCUACUUAGCCGUCCAUUUAAUAGAAAAAUAAAAUAUCCUAGAACUAAUUCUAGCUUGAAUUUGUCAAUAUUUUUUUUAUACAUUGUUAAGCAUUUUUCCUUCGUAUUUUGUAAUUGAAAUUCUCUUACUCUUUGCGUACUUGAUAGAAUUUGCUUCAAUAUUGAGUGGGUAAUUAUGGGUAGAAUUCUAAUGCUAAUCUAAAAUUUAGUUUGCUCUGUCUCAAAAAAAUAUAAAAAAGUGAUUGCCCUCUAAAUAAAGAUUGUAGUGGAAUAAAGUUUAGUCAGAAACUUAAGAACCAAAUUUGUCUAAAAUAAACUAAAAUCUUUUUAUUCUCAUCAAGCCAGUACUUUUCUAAGAGCAACUUCACUUUAUGUUUUAGGGUAGACAUUGUUGGUACUCCUCAAAUUAAAAAUUAUCUAAUUAAAUCUUCCUGGAAUAGUCUGUGACCAAGAAGGGGGAAGAACAGCCUAAGGUGUGAUAUAUUUAGAACUUACGUGUUUAACCACUUACUUGUCUGUGAAGAAGUCUUCGAGUACAUAAAAAUUAAGAACUCUGCAUUAAAGAAACUACAAAACGGAAAGUUAGAAGACUUGGCAAACUGAGGAAGGCAUAGUUGCAAUUCAUCACAAACUGCUAAUUUCCUUAAUUAAAGUAGAGUAAGGAAUAUCACUUCUGAUGUCAGAUGGAUCCUGGCUGAAAGCAGAGAAUACCAGGAAGAUGCUUCCCUGUGUUUUAUUGACUACGCAAAGGCACUCGUCUGUGUGGAUCAUUACAAAAUAUGGAUAACAUUGCAAAAAGUUGGAAUGCCAGAACACAUAACUGUGCUCUUGCAGAACCUGUACAUAGACCAAGAGGCAGUUGUUCGAACAGAACAAGGGGAUACUGCGUGCUUUAAACUCA